AUGUGCACGUGCUCGUGGAGCUCUCCACAGUCUCUGGUUUGGAGCUACGGAUAUGACAAAGACUUGGUAGGGGGCGUGCAGAGUCUCGGAGAAGAAUGCGCCCCGAACAAGUCCUUGUUCUUCGUCUCUGGAACAACAGGCGUGAUUUUCACGCACGACGACUCCGGCACGCGGACGCAAAAGCUCCUCCAAGGCCACGUCAACGCCAUCACUGGCGUCGUGAUUUCCAGCGAUAAAAAACGAAUCGUGACGGCAGACAGCGGGAAGGACAGCCUCCUCGUCGUAUGGGACGCAGAGACGGCGACGCCAGUGAAAACAAUAUUCCGGCCCCAUCCGACAGGGGUCGCAGCUGUGGACAUCACGCCAGACAGCCGCUUCAUCGUCUCGCUGUCUUCGCCGAUUCCUCGCGAGCUUAUCGUAGAAGCAGACGAGGAGGGGACCUCGCAGUGGGCGCCCGGGGCUCCCGGCUCUGGGGACUUCGCAGGGCCCGCGGGGGCCCGCAGGCGAGCAGCGGAAGACGACAGGAGGAGCGACAAGAGAGAGUACCGCAGCGGCGCUCCGGAGGCGAGCGACAGACUCGCGCCUGAGACAACUGCCAACACAGAGAGGAGCAGUCACAGUUCGUUGAGUUUUCAGAGCGCGGAGAAAACGGGGAGAAGCACGCAGUCCAGUCAGCAAGGGCCUGACGGGUCGCAGCCCUCCGCGCGAUCCAGUCAGCCAGCCACGAACGCCGCACAAACUGAAAGAACGAAUCAGCACACUUACCAAAGUGUAGCUGUGUGGGACUGGAGGGCCCCCGGAAACACUCCAAUUAGCGUAGCGGUGAUCGCCACGCCUGAUGUGCAGCACACAGUUUUAUUUAACAGCACAGAUGUGCAUGAAGUCUUAACAAAUGGAAAGCGACGGGCGUUCUUCUGGUUUUGGGAAGAAACGACUGACUACUUCCACUUCUACUCGCCAGCGCUCCAAGCGAAAGACUUCAAACAGAAGAUCGGAGAUUUCACGAGGUCGAUCUUUCUACCCAACUCAACGAAAGCCGCAACCGGCACGGCCGACGGCGACGUGGUGCUGUGGGACUUGAGUCUCAUCGUGGAUGGCCUCAGUCGACCCGACGAGAGACGCGCAGUGCGAAUCUUGAACUUGAGUCGAGCGGCCCUGACCUACCUGUUCGUCCACGAAGAGAACUGGAUCGUCGCUGGGUUCGCCGACGGCACUAUCCACUUCUACGACUUCCAGUUCCGCAUCUCACGGUGGUUCGACGGGAUCAACGCGGGUCCGGUGAACUCGAUUUCGUUCGAUUACAAGCCUACAACAGGUAGCGGCUUCACUUUGCCUGGCAAGAAGGACGUCUUCCCGCAGAGCGAAGAUGCCAACAUUCCUCCGUUCAUCUUCUCCACCGCGAACGCGGCGAUCGUGCAUGUGACACCGCGCGCACCCUCUGCAGGCGACGGCUGGCUGUGGAAGAAUCAGUGGAACCACGAAACGAUUUUUCAAGGCCUGGACGCCGCGCCCCGAGGCAUGGCCGCCCACCCCAAUUUACCGUUGAUCGCGGUCUGCGGCGCUUCUGGCUACCUCAAACUGUGGAACUACGAAACCCACCGCCUGGUCGUCAGCCACUGGUUCGAUAAGCUCGCACCGACCGUCGUCGCCUUCUCUGGCGACGGGAUACUCAUGGGAGUUGGAUUCGGCAACGGCCAAGUGAAGAUUUAUGCCCUGAGCGAGGAGCGCUUGCGUGCACUCGCUCGGCGCGAAGAUGAAGCUGUCGACAGGCGAACUCUUGCCGCAACGACAAAAAACACACACGCCACGAAAAAUGCAUUGAAAGCGGCGACGGCCUCCACCAAGAAACCUGUGGAAGCCCCCGCGGCAGCAGAUGCAGGCCACGAAUAUGACUCAGGAAAGUCUGGAGCAGAGUCCGCCAUGGUCGAGCUUUUGAGCAGUAAGGAGUCCAGGGAAGCUGUGACGCAUUUUUGCUUCAGCGAAGACUGCGGUCACCUUGCCGUAGCUCAAGGCGACAGGUGCAUCUGUCUGUACAAGCUCGGCUACCGCAUGGGAGACACCUCGCUCCCGCUAGAAUGGCUGUUUUCAGGUCUGAUCAUCAGUUCCGCGACGGUGAUUGAACAGGAGGCGGUGCCUACGGGAUGCCUAGCUGUUCAGCCUGAAGAUACUACCCUUGCCCCAAUGCACGGCGGCAUCUUGAGUUGCGUAGAAGAGGUAUCCUAUCGGUACAAAACGAAGAAGCGCCAACCAGCGUCCGGUCUUCAAGACGAGGGAAGCCGCCCGCCUCCCGAAGAGGAAGAAGUUGACCAGCAGUUCUUGGCGUUUGCAUGCGAAGAGAGGCUUGUUGGACUUAUUCAGAAGCCUCUAGAUGGAAAUCCGUACAAAGUGAUGAGCAUGGUAGCUCACCCGAGAGAGAUCCCCUCGUUCGCAGUAGAGCGCCUACAAUCGAAGAUAAACAAGGACUUUGUGUUCACUUGUGGAGGAACGGAUUUCACUAUCUGCCAGUGGAGACUCAACCCGCCCGUGCUGAUGGCCAACGCACAGAGAGGCGGCCAAGGCACUCAGCCGUUCAACGACCUCAUUCCUGGCGGCGUGGAUGGGGACUUCUAUCGAAACAUGAAAGACUACUUCUACUAUUGCCAGAUUCGAUCCCAAGGAGAGCGCACGACAAAGAGUCGCAAGCUUGACGGCACCGUGCCUCUGACAGAACUCGCAAACUUGUUGUGUGCAGUGGGAGAGUGUCCUUCGAACAUGGACAUUCAGAAUCUCAUAAGUGAAUGCACAAGCACUCUAGCUGACACCCAGCCUAUCGCUUCAGGGGCGACGAAGCGUGCCUUUGCAAAGCGGCAGCGUAAAGUUUCUUUUGAGCAAUUUCUUCAGUGUUACGUGAACCAUCGGGCUGCUGUCAGCGUCGGCUACGAAGAAGUCGUCAGUGCCCUUCGCGUGCUUCAAAAGAAGAACCACAACACGCCCUUAACUCCGGAGGUGCUCAUGCACAUUCUUUCCAAGACGCUCUGUGGCACGAAAUCUCUGGCCGAAGCGCUCGGAAGUCCGGUUAUCGACGAAGACAUGUUUGCACGACAAGUUUUGCUUCUUCAGCCCGUCCGCGAGCUCUGCGUCGACUGCGACGCGGGUGAAGAAAGCUGA